UCAGUUGUACAAAUAACCGGUUGCUUGGUCUCUGGAGUAUUUGAACUUUUCUGCAGUAUUUACAACUUACUGUAGCUAUUUCUCUAAAGACGAUAGAGGCUUAUGAUUUGAGAGAGUUAAUUCGAAGGCAUACGCUAUGAGACGACCAAGCUUCACAAGACAAAUAAGUUCUGAGCAACGAACACCAGAUCCCGUUGAGGGUCGUAAACAAGAGAGAGGAGACUCCGAACCAGUUGCAGUUGACGAGGGCAAAAACCCUGAACAAGAAGCACAGCCACAGCGAAUACUCAGUUCAACACGUAAAAAGCUGACAGUUGUAUGCCUCGCAAUAGUUUAUUUUGCCACGUGUGCGGCGUUCUCUAUUCUAUCGCCGUUUUUCCCCACUGAAGCCAAAAGUAAAGGUGCUAGCGGUACUGUUGUUGGUCUUAUCUUUGGAAGUUACUCUUUAGUUAACUUUAUUGUGUCACCUUUCUUUGGGAAGAUGCUACCUAAAGUGGGUGCUCGAUUUGGUAUAACUUGUGGUUUAUUAUUGAUGGGAGGAGGAGAAUUGUUAUUUGGGUUUGUUGAUAGCAUGCCUUCAGGAACAGUCUACAUAGUGUUUUGCUUCUUAUUGAGAAUUGUUUCAGCCAUUGGAGGAUCCAUGUCAGAUACAGCUAUUUUUGCAAUUGUAGCUGGAGAGUUCCCAGAUAAUUUAGGAGCAGUCAUGGUAAUUAUAUUAUAUUUAAUAGAGUACAUUAAUAAUACGUUUCUUGGUGGCUUUAAACUGCCAUUUCUGGUUCUUGGUGGACUAGUUCUUCUGACAUUGCCGAUGGCCAUGUUUGUCCUUCCCAUAACAGUAUGUGAAAUCAUUCUAAUAUUUUUUUUGUGGAUAGGUUCUUGUAUUAUUCUCAGUGGUAUUAUACUUGGAUUUCUUGAUCCUACUUUAUCACCUCACAUAAGUACAUUUGGAUUAAAUCCUUCACAAAUCGGUCUGAUGUUCUUAYUAAUUGGAGCAGUUUAUGCCUUUACUGCACCAUUGGUUGGAUGGGUUGGUGAUAAAACUGGAAGAACUCGUACUCUGAUAACAUUAGGAAUYGUAUUCUCAGUGUUUGGUUACCUGCUUCUUGGCCCUUCUCCACUUCUUACUUUCCUUCCAAAAAGACAAGUCUGGCUAGCUGCAGUUUCAUUAAUUAUGCUUGGACUGGCUAUUAGUUUCUAUUUGGUUCCUGUUAUGCCAGACAUGAUGAUAACAGCAAGAAGAAAUGGUCUACCUGAUGAUAUUAGAACACAUGGUAUUUUGUCAGGAAUAUUUGGUGCUUUAAUUAGUGUAGGGUAUGUAUAAAUGAAACUCGGUGCCAACUUGGGUGGGGUGUGCUACAUGACCCUCAAAGCCCUUACCCU